AUGGCUGAGGCGGAGGGCCAAAGUGCCCAGCCACAUACGCGAGCCACUCGUUCCUCGCUCGCAUGCGCACCGUGCCGUUACAAGCAUCUACGCUGCGAUGGCAAAAUGCCAGCCUGCAGCCGCUGCACAGUCGAUAAGAAAGAAUGUACUUACCAUGCAUCGCGACGCCGGGGGAAUCCAAGGCCAAAACAAACACAAGAAUCUUCAACGACAACCAUGUCGGACCGUUCCCCGGCACCUACCUUCGACAGCCAGGGAUGUUUCGAUCUUCCGCCAACCCUCACCCUGUCCGAAAAUAAUGCAGAUCUGCCGCGACGAACUUCUGAUUCGGUUCUGCUGGGCCUGUAUUACGAAUUUUUCCAUGCAGCUCAUCCGUGUGUUCUCCCUCGUCAAUUUUUGAAUAUUUACUCCAAGGAAAGCGCAAUUCAGCCACUACUACUUGUUUUGGAUUACAUCGGCUCUCUGUUCGCAACUUCAAUACCUUCCAAACCGCUGCACCAGGAUAUAGAGAUAUACCUGGCAAGUAUUCGGAGCAGGACACGCUCCAUCACGGGGUUCGAUGUGCAAGCUGUGCUCCUCUACUCAAUCGCCAUCUACUGGUGCAACGAGCCAGAUACUGGCGUCGAACUCCUUGAUGAAGCCAUCCGGCUGGCAUUGGAGCUUGGGAUGAAUCGACGAGAAUUUGCCCAGGAAAAUCACAAAAAUGACCCAAUCUUAGCCGAAAGCUGGCGGCGGACUUGGUGGCAAAUCUACAUUACCGACGCACACAUUGCUGGCAGUACACAUAAAUUUCCAUUUCGUUGUAGUCACAUCGAAAUAACCAUUGAUCUUCCUUGCGAAGAGCUUGAUUACGCUUCAGGUACUAUUCCGAGGCCUAGAUGUCUCCAAGAAUAUGAUAACCGUGAAUUCUUCUCCGAUGAUGAAGUGGGCUUCUCGUCCUAUGCGGAACUCAUUGGAUUGACGAGGGGAAUCGAUCAAGCAUUGUCUCCCGGAGCCACGUCUGAUGUCCAGUUGUACUCUUCCAUGUGCUCAAACGCUGAUACAAGUGUUACCGCUUGGCAUUCACUUCUCCCUAAUUCCAAGAGAACUAUUUUGCGUCCUGACGGCACUGUUGAUGAAGUAAUGUUUAAAGCAGAGUUCAUCAUGCAUACGUACACUGUCGAGAUUCAUCGGCCAAUGUCAUCACUUGCUUAUAGUACUAUCGAAUCCGUAUCCCGUUGCGCUCCACUGGCGCCAACGGAUGCCUUCAAUUGCAGCAAUUCGGCCGAGCGCCAAUUGCACACCAUGAAAUGCCUUGCAGCUAUUGACAAACUCGAUUACAUUCUUACCCUUCCUACGAAUAUCAACACCCACUCACCAUUCAUCAUCUGCAUGCUAGCCAAUGUUACCAUUGCACAUCUCUCAGCUUGUCGAUUCGUCCUUCAGGGGGCAAAACGCACACGAUGUCGGGAGAAGAUACGGCUUACUACGGGAACAUUGAAACGCUUGAGUGACCACUGGAUACUGGGAAAACGAACAUACCGGGAGAUCGGUAUCAUUGCCCGGGAAAUACUGUGCUUGAUGGAUAAAACGCCGGCAGCACGCGAACCAGUGAUGGAUCAAUCGUUUUUUACACCAUCGGUUGAUCUGUCCUCACUUGCAUUUUUACCCGGGCCGGACUUUGAUUUUUGUGCAUUUUUUGAUUCGAGCAUUACAGGUGGCACAGAACCGACCUAG